GUCCCUUAGCCCACUUGAUUCUAGCAUCUACCCUCACCCCAUGUGUCCCGGCGUCGCAGCAGCGAGAUGACGGGCACCCGUCUCCCUGCACAGCGGCAGUCGGAGGCAGGAGCUCAAUACUGAGCUCCGGCUUCCGGCUCUGUCAUUGCGCGCUAUGGGAGAGACGUCAUGACGUCUCUCCCAUAGUGCCGAGGAGCGGACGCACAGAAGACUGCAGCUGGACACGAAGCGGGGCUAGGUAAGUAUGACCUACAUGAUGGAGAGUGUGCCCGGGUUACAGAAGCGUUAUCACACUCUCGCUGCUGACCUGGAGCAAUGUGGAGAGGAUGCUGGUCUGAUGGCUGGAUGUGGAGAGAAUAUUAUCACACAUGAGCAGAGAUGUGCAGCUGUGGCCAAUGACACCUUUCACUGCCUGUUGGGUGACACCGAAUAUUACCAGCACAGGACCAGUCUAGCUGCCUUUAUCCUACAGAGAGGUCUCCCAGGCAAGAAAACUGAUGAUGUGUAUGAGGUGGUGGCCCUAGCGACUGGGGACACUUGGUACCAGGGAUGGCAGGAGUAUCAGGGGCUCCUAGUUCAUGAUAGCCACGCAGUGGUGGUGGCAAGAAGGGCGCUGCUGAGAUACCUUUACAAAGAGAUCACCCUGUACUACAGCGCGCUGCCUGAGGCCGGUAAGAAGACUAUAUUCUGUCCUUCUCAGCAGAGCCAGUCCCUGGUGCUUAAACCUGACAUUUUUCUGCACCUCUAUGUGAGCUCCAUCCCGGAAGGAGCCACUCCAUCCUGCCUGGCAUGGGGAGAACAGACCACUGUACCCCUGAGUGUCCACUCCAAGGGGUCCCUGAUCUCAGUGUGUGACUGUCCCCCCAGUGUACUGGCUGCACUUGUGUGCUGUAUGUCUGCCACUGACAAGCUGCUGAAAUGGGGCGUACUUGGGGUGCAGGGAGCUCUGCUGAGCCAGAUUGUGGAGCCGCUGUACAUAACAAGCAUAGUUAUAGGAAGCAGCGAGCAGCAGAUAGACGCUCUCUCCAAGGCUGUCUUUGGCCGACUUCAGCCUCCCCUUGACUUGGCUCUGUUCCCGUCCUAUGCUGUACACUAUCCUUACUUGUUCAUUGGACCGGAAGUCAUUAGCAAACAACCUGCACCCAUCCACCCCACUCACAGUGUGAAUUGGUGCAAGGGGGACAAGAAUGUGGAGGUUCUGGAUGGCAGCACUGGACAACCGCUGGACGGCUCUCUCACCUUCCCACAUUGUCCUGGGAGCCAGCUCUGCAAAGCAGCUAUGCUGGUGUAUUACAUCGGUGUCCAGUGCUUACUGGGGAAGCCACAGCUACAGGUCUCCUAUUACAGCGCUAAGGCUUCUUCAGAUCAGUACCAACGUGUCAAGACUCUGCUGUACUCUCAUCUGAGGGCCCAUGAUCAUGGGAUGUGGCCCCACAAGCUCUGUGUGGACAGGUUCAGAGCCACAAUUAGGCAGGGGCAUGAUGGAGACUCCUGGCUCUUCCAGUCUGAGCUUCGUUGAUGAUUUCUGUCACUCAGUGCAGUCUCCUGUUUUUGUUUCUUGCCUGUUUGUUAUAUGAGUGGUUUUCUCUCUCUUUAUUUGGUUGAUGUAGACAUUUGGAAAGUCAUUAAAAGAUUUUUUUGCUGGA